AUGGCAAAGCGAAUCUGCAAAACACUCGCGCUUGCAGAACGUGUUGAAGUGUUAAAAAAAUUAGAAAAUAAAGAAAGUCAGACAUCAAUUGCUUUAAGUUUUGGCGUGAAUCAAAGCGCCAUUUCAAGGAUCCAGAAAAACAAAGAGAAGAUCUUGGAAGAAUGGCAGAAGAACGGGAAUCCCCACAGGAAGCGCAACAGGGCAGGGAAAGCUGAAGAUGUUGGGGCAGCUCUUCUGCAGUGGUUUAUUCAAGCCAGAACCAGACAGAUUCCUGUAAGCGGGCCAUUACUGAUGGAGAAAGCCAAUCGGUUAGCACAAGGGCUCGGGCUGAUGGACUUCAAAGCCACAAACGGGUGGCUAGAAAGAUGGAAAGAGCGCAAUGCCAUCAAGUUUAAGAAGCAGCACAGAGAGAAGCAAGAAGCAGGCGACGUCACUGGAGAGCGACGGGUCUUGGAGCUGCUUCCCGACAUUAUCAAAGAGUACAACCCUGCAGACAUUUUUAAUGUAGAGGAAACUGUGCUGCACUGGAGAGCCGUUCCAGGUGGAAAGAGGUCCGGAGCGAAAAUAGCAAAAGACCGCGUCACUUUACUGCUUGCGUGUAACAUAGAUGGAAGCGAGAAAUUGCAACCCUUGGUUAUCGGUAAGAGUAAGAAUCCAGGCUGCUUUAAGAAUGUAAAGAGACUGCCAGUGGCCUAUGAAGCCAAUAGUAAUGCAGGGAUGACAGGAGAAAUUUGGGAAGCUUGGCUGAAAAAAAUAGACAACAUCAUGAGAGCCAAUAAACGAAUGAUCCUGAUGCUGUGUGCCAAUUGUGCUGCACACGUCACUUACGUUAGAUUAACAAACAUCAAACUCGUUUUCCUACCUCCAAGCAAUACGCCUCUUAUCCGACCAAUGGAUCAAGGCAUCGCCGCCAACUUCAAGAAGCAGUACAGAUCACUUGUCCUUCGCCAGCUUGUGAACACUAUCGAUAGCACAGAAUCCGACGCAACAGCAGCAGUGCAACUAGCCAGAAAACUGACCCUCUUGGACUCUUUGCAUCUGCAGAGAGAAGCCUGGAACAGAAUCACUGAGUCGACCAUAGUCAACUGCUACAGACGAGCCAGUUUCAUUAAACAGUUAUACCAUGCAGAACUGCCAGUGAUCGAUGGAGAGGACAAUUCAGAUGUCGUUGUGCCGGCAGGAAUGGACUUAGAAGACUUCAGUCGCUACGUCGCUAUAGACAACGACCUACCUACUUGUGAAGAGAAAUCUGACACUGACAUUUGCGCUUACGUCCAGCAAUCGCCAGAGACUGAAGACUUGGAGCCUGACGAUAGCGAGGAAGCAACUAAAGAAACAGCUGCUCCAAGUUUCUCAGCAGCCCUGCAGAGCCUCAGCACACUACGAGCCUUCAUGGAGGCAAAUGGUUGUCAGUCUUAUGACAGUUUUUACAGUUUACAGUCAGUUGUUUAUCAGCUCAAUCGGCCGAAUACUGUGCAGACUUCCAUCAAAGAUGUUUUAGCUACGUUGUAG